ACUUCAUUGAUUUGAUUACGCGUAGAGAUGACAAUGGGGUGGUGUGGGACGGGUUGAGCUUUAGGGGAUUAUUACUACUUCACUCCAAAACACAUUCAAUCAAUUGUUUGAUAUUUUUAUCCUUUUAAUUUAUUGUUAUUAUACACAUUUUCCAUCCAACAUGUUUCAAGAAAAUUUGCGUUAUCUCUGCAUGAACAAUAUUACAACUGAUUUUCCAGCAGAAAUUGAAUCCUCCAACAAAAAAAGAUGGCACUUAGCGUUUGCUACCAUCUACUGUUCCAGAGCUUUUAAAAAUAAGGUAUCACCUGCCAUUGUGCCAUCUUAUAGUCAUGGAUCACCUGCUUACAAUCCAACAAAAGUACUUGGUGAUACAAUCGCGAUUGAUGUAGUUCAAGACCACCCUUUUUUCUCAGGCAUUGAUCACUCAAGUCUAGCUAAGCUUGUCAAAGAUAAAAACACUGACGAACUUGCUGACCUUGGAGGUGUACAAGGUGUUGCUGCUUCUCUCAAAACUGAUACAACUAAUGGUGUAAGCGGAGAUCCAGAAGACGUUGCACGUAGACAUGAGGCUUUUGGAAGCAACAUGUAUCGUAAGGCACCUGCUAAGAGUUUCUUCAUUUUUGUUUGGGAAUCAUUCAAAUAUCCCACCAUCAUUGUACUUUUGAUCUGGGGUGCUCUGUCUAUUGUAUUGGGAAUUAAGGAGGAUGGAGUGAAAGAAGGAUGGUGUGAUGGAGGGGGUAUUUAUGUCGCUGUGUUACUUUUCGUCACUGUUUCGUCUACUAGUCAUUUUAGACAAACCAGACAGUUUGAUAAGCUUUCUAAAGAGACCAAAAUUAUUCAAGUAGAAGCUGUUAGAAAGGGGAGGCGCCAACAGAUAUCAAUAUUUGAAAUUGUGGUUGGAGAUGUCAUUUGCUUGAAGAUUGGAGAUCAAGUCCCUGCUGAUGGGAUUUUGGUACAGGGUCAUUCUUUACAAGUGGAUGAAUCUAGCAUGACAGGUGAAAGUGAUCAUGUAGAGAUUAAUAUCAGCCAAAAUCCAUUCUUGAUUUCUGGCACUAAGGUUGUCGAUGGCUAUGGAAUGAUGCUUGUGACAUCGGUUAACAUGAACACGACCUGGGGUGAAAUGAUGAGCGAAAUUAGCAGUGGCCCUAACGAGCACACCCCUCUCCAAGAACGACUCGAAAAGCUCACUUCAUCAAUUGAUAAAGUUGGAUGGUUAGUUGCCUUCUUGGUUUUUGUUGUCCAAUUGGUACUAUACUUUACCGGGACCACAAAAGAUGAGAAUGGGAAUAAAAAAUUCAACCGGAGCAAGACAUCAUCCGGUGAUGUGAUCAAUGCUGUGGUGGGAAUUGUUGCUAAUGCUGUUAUCAUUGUUGUUGUCGCGAUUCCUGAAGGCUUACCUUUAGCUAUUACACUUACUCUGGCUUACCUGAUGAAGAGAAUGAUGGAUGAUAAGGCAAUAGUGAGGAAGCUCUCUGCUUGUGAGACUAUGGGCUCUGCAACCAUCAUCUGUACAGACAAAACAGGUACUCUUACAUUAAACAAGAUGACUGUCACAAAGUUUUUCUUAGGCAUACAGCACGUGAAGGCAGAAAGUCAUACAACAAUUUCAGCAAAAGUUCUUGAAUUAUUCCAUCAAGGGGUUGGAUUAAACACUACAGGUAGUGUUUUCAAGUCCUCCGAUCCAUCUUCCAACUUUGAGUUCUCAGGCAGCCCUACUGAAAAAGCUAUUCUUUCAUGGGCUGUUACGGAAUUGAAUAUGGAGAUGGAUCAAAUCAAAAGAAAUUUCAACAUUCUACAUGUGGAAGCUUUCAAUUCAGAGAAAAAGAAGAGUGGUGUCCUGAUCAAGAACAACAGUGAUGGCACAAUUCAUGCACAUUGGAAAGGUGCUGCUGAAAUGAUUUCAAGAAUGUGCUCCCAUUACUAUGAUCUAGAAGGGAACGUAAAACCUCUCGAGGAAUCAGAUAAGGAAGAAUGUGAUAGGAUAAUUGAAGGAAUGGCUGCCAGCAGCCUCCGAUGUAUUGCAUUCGCACACAAGCAAGUGCCAAAAGCUGAGCAGGAGGAUCAUGAACAUAUGCAUGGAAAUAAGGAUAAUGAACAUAUGCAUGGAAAUGUUCCAGACAACUCUUUCAUUCUUUUGGGCUUUGUUGGCCUAAAAGAUCCAUGUCGACCAGGUGUGAAGAAAGCAGUGGAAGCUUGCCAAAGUGCUGGUGUGAACAUCAAGAUGAUCACUGGAGACAAUGUUUUCACUGCAAAAGCCAUAGCAACAGAAUGUGGGAUUCUUCAUCCUAAUCAGGAAGUAGAUGAAGGAGAAGUCAUAGAAGGUGAAGAAUUUCGCAGCCUCACAGAUGAAGAACGGAUGGAGAGAGUGGAGAAGAUAUGCGUGAUGGCAAGAUCAUCCCCUUUUGACAAACUUCUAAUGGUGCAGUGCUUGAGAAAGAAAGGUCAUGUGGUUGCGGUCACAGGUGAUGGAGCAAACGAUGCACCAGCUUUAAAGGAAGCAGAUAUAGGACUUUCUAUGGGGAUUCAGGGGACUGAAGUAGCUAAAGAGAGUUCUGAUAUUGUCAUCUUAGAUGCUAAUUUUGCUUCAGUUGUCACAAUUCUGAAAUGGGGAAGAUGUUUCUAUAUCAACAUCCAGAAAUUCAUCCAAUUUCAGCUCACAGCAAAUGUGGCCGCGCUCAUGAUCAGCUUUGUAGCAGCUGUUUUGUCUGGUGAGGAACCACUCACAUCAGUACAAUUGCUAUGGGUAAAUUUGAUCAUGGACACAUUAGGGGCAUUAGCACUUGCUACAGAGAAGCCAACCGAGGAAGUCAUGAAGAAGAAACCAGUCGGUAGGACAGCACCACUUAUCACGAAUAUUAUGUGGAGGAAUCUAAUGGCUCAAGCUUCAUACCAGAUUGCUGUUUUAUCAACCUUACAAUUCAAAGGAGAAUCAAUCUUUGGUGUUAGCAAGAAGGUAAACGAUACGUUGUUUUUCAACACGUUUGUUCUUUGCCAAGUGUUCAAUGAAUUCAACGCACGAAACCUGGAGGAGAAGAAUGUCUUUAAGGGAAUACACAAGAACAAGUUGUUCAUGGCCAUCAUCGGAAUAACAUUGGUUCUCCAAGUGGUGAUGGUUGAGUUUCUAAAGAAGUUUGCAAAUACAGAGAGGCUGAAUUGGGGGCAAUGGGGAAUCUGCAUUGGAUUUGCAGCUGCAUCUUGGCCAAUUGGUUGGCUUGUCAAGUGCAUAAAUGUCCCAGAGAGACCAAUCUUCAGUUAUCUCAGGUUAAAAUAGAGUAAAUUUAGAUGUUCAUUUUUAUUUUCUUGGUCCAUAAGCUAGUUUGUUGCUAGAGUACUAGUGUGUUGUUAAAUCGUUGAUUGAUGUUGCAUUCAUUUAUUACUCACUACUUGUACAAAAAUUAUGUUUCAAA